AUGCAAGGUACAAAGUCCUGGCAGCAUAAACCAAUAUCAGAUUCGGGAUCAGCAUCAAAAAUUACCUAUAAUCAAGUAAGUUUCAAGGUAAAAGCAAUAGAUCACUUGGAGAACUUCUCUCGUAAAAGUAAUUGUUGUCUUCAAGAUGAAGUGUUCUUCGACUACCACACGGCCUUGUAUUCAAAAGUCUUAACUAUUUUAGCAUAAGCGAGGAAAUACAUUUACUAAUACUUGUAUAUCCGGUU